CGGGAGCCUUGUGGUAUCAUCGAGGCCGUGUUUAUGCCACUUAGUACAUAUCAAGCGUCGGCUAUAUAUCCAACAGUGGUGACUCACAAUUGAAUCAAAGAAACGUUUAUGCACAGCCAUACUUUCACACUAUUUAUACUACGUGUUGGACUUCAUCCUGACUACUUUGUGUACUGAGAGUAACGCUGACUUACCCACUAUCCGCUCACCUAGCAGAGUUUCAUAUUGUACUUAUCACCGCUAGCAUCAUUCUCAACAACACAAGCUAGGCGUUAAUCCUCGAUAAUAAUAAUAGUCAUGACCACAUACGGAACAGCAAGUCUAUCUGAAUAUUCCCUUCUAACAGAGAAAACACAGGAGAGUGGCGAUGGCACCACAAAUUUGUCACUUACCGUAUCCGGUUCAGUAGUCGAAAAUACCCAAAGAGUGAUAGACUUAUAUCGUUCAGGCGCGAAACUAUGGACCAAGAGCGAUCUCGAAAGGAUCGAACACGAGCUAGCUAAUUUCAAGACCACCCCAACGUUUAACGUUCGCCGCAUCGACGGGACGAUGGAUUCUGUGAAGAAUUCCAUGUUCGGGGUGGAAAAUCUGUUAUGGAAACCAUUUAUCACGUUCCAACACUACUGGUACAUGGUCGGGACAAGCUACGCGCGUACAUCAUCUAUACGCUCCGCUAUCCCCCAGAGCUUUCCGUAUUACUCGUACUACAUCACCUGGGAGAACCAAGCAUUCAUCGAGUUUGUCGCUGGUGAGGACACGACUCUUGAGGCCAAAUUUGAAGAUGCGAGGAAGAAAUGGGAGAGUAGCCAGACCUGCAAUUGGCUCAAGCGCAAACUCGCAAUCUUACAGGGCGGUAGAAAGGUUACGAAGUUAAUAUGCUUUGGCCUAGGGACGAUGGAACCCAGAUCCCAACUCGACUCGCGCGGCUCGAGUUCGAAAUACGAGAGAGAUCGUUUCAAGUACCAGAGGUCUAGUAUGAAUCAACACGCCCUUGCGCUCACGAUUGCGGAGACGCUAGGUAAGGAUGUGCCGGUUUUGGCGCAGGAUCCGACGUAUACGAUGGAGAGUCGCGAUGUGUUGAAGAAUAAUGGUAUUACGACUGUUAGAGACCAUGGCGCAGGCAGGUCUGCGAUGGUGGAUGAUGAGUCUGCGGUUUUGUUUUGUUAUCCGAGUUGUCUGGUUCGCCAGCUUAUGGCGGAUUUGGCGAGACCGGCGUUGAUUGUGGGGAAUGAGGGUGGGACUGUGAUGAAUGAUGAUCAGGAUGUUCUGUUCCCCUACGACGCAGCUUUCCCCCGCACUAGGGAGAUGUUUGAAGGGUAUACUGAACACAAUUUUGAAACCAUGGAACCGGAUAAGAUGAGAGAGGGAAUUGUCGAUUUUAGGAUAUGGGUACGGAAUGAUGUGAACGGUGCUUCUACCCAGGUGAUGGCGUGGUUGGGUGAAAAGGGGGAGAGUGAGUGAUGAGAGAUUGGUGAGAAGAUGGGAUACAUAAGCCUCACGGCAUAUCUGCGAAGUUUGAACUGAAUGUCCACAGUAAAGUUAAUAGUGCACUCUCGGGCGCUAAGAUCCAAUCGUUCGAUCAGGGUUGAAAAUGCAGAGGCAAUUCCCGACCGAGGAUAUCGCUGUUAUAUCUCUUGCAAAUUUCAAUUCAAAUUACUCAAUUUAGAUUACUAAUAGUAAAUUAAGCUGAUCAUCAACUUUACCACACCGUUUCAAGGC